AUCCACGAAACAGAAAAAACGCUGUAGGCUCUCUCUCCCCCUCCAUUGUCUCUGUCAUCUGCUUUCCCCUUCUGAUCUACCCAGCAGUAAUUGUGAAUGGAGUCGACUCCCACAGUGCGCCUUCCAUUACGUCCCUUCUCCCAUCCAUUGAAUUGAUUGAUCCAGCCGAAACCCUCAGCUCUCAUCCCUUAACAAUGCGGAGCCCUCCGAUCCCAUCCCUCAGCUCCGAGUGAUUGAUCUGUAAACCUUGCUUUUGACAACGGAAACAAAGAGGAUGAAACCGGCGACGACCCUGAAAGAUUCGGAGAAAUUGCUCCUCUGGGAUCACCAGAUGAGAAGCCCAUCUGGCGGCGGCGGCGGGCCCCCGGCGUCUGGGCCGCAGUCCAGGGCCAAGCUCAUGCUCUGGCUCAUCCUCAUGGUCUCCGCCACUUACGUCCUCUACACGCUCAAGCUCGUCUCCACCUCCAAGGCCUGCGGCGGCGAGGACUGGCCCUUUGCCUCUUCCACCUCAUCCUCCAGCUCCGCCUCCCGCCGCCUCGCAGCCUCCUCCUCCACCGCGGAGUUGAUUCGGAAUCGGACGGAAACAAUUACAGAUAACGAUUCUCGAGAAGCCCAGCUGAGGUCGGAGAGGACGGAGCUCCGGCAUGUGGUUUUCGGCAUCGCCGCAUCCGCAAAGCUGUGGGAGCAGAGGAAGAACUACAUUAAGCUCUGGUACAGGCCCGAGGAGAUGAGGGGCAUAGUGUGGCUGGACAGUCCCGUGAAAUCCGGCCCCAGCGACGAGUCCCUACCCCCGACGAGGAUCUCCGGGGACACGUCUGGAUUCCCGUACAAGAACCGGCAGGGACACAGGUCAGCCAUACGGAUCUCGAGGAUCGUGUCGGAGACGCUCCGGCUGGGGCUGCCGGACGUGCAGUGGUUCGUGAUGGGGGACGACGACACCGUGUUCGUCACGGAGAAUCUGCUGAGGGUGCUGAGGAAGUACGACCACCGGCAGUUCUACUACAUCGGGAGCCUGUCGGAGAGCCACCUGCAGAACAUCUUCUUCUCGUACAGCAUGGCGUACGGCGGCGGGGGGUUCGCCAUCAGCUACCCGCUUGCGGUGGCGCUGGAGAAGAUGCAGGACGGCUGCAUCCGGAGGUACCCGGGGCUGUACGGCUCCGACGAUCGGAUGCAAGCCUGCAUGGCCGAACUCGGCGUCCCGUUGACAAAGGAACUCGGUUUUCACCAGUAUGACGUUUACGGAAACCUUUUCGGGCUGCUCGCUGCUCACCCGGUGACACCCUUAGUUUCCCUUCACCACCUCGACGUGGUUGAGCCCAUCUUCCCCAAUGUGACCCGGGUCCAAGCCCUGCAGAGGCUCACCGUGCCAAUGAAGCUUGACUCAGCUGGCCUCAUGCAGCAGUCGAUCUGCUACGACAAGAAGCGGGGGUGGACUGUCUCGGUUUCAUGGGGCUUUGCGGUCCAGAUUUUCCGUGGGACCUUCUCCCCCCGAGAGAUAGAAAUGCCCUCGAGGACCUUCCUCAACUGGUACAAAAAGGCAGACUACACAGCUUAUGCCUUCAACACUCGGCCUGUCAGCAGAAACCCAUGCCAGAAGCCCUUUGUCUUUUACCUGUCGAAUGCAAGGCUCGAUUACGAGAAGAACCGGACUGUGAGCGAGUAUGCCAGGCAUCGAGUCCCUCAUCCUGCGUGCAGGUGGAAGAUGGCCAAUCCUGAAACUAUUGACUAUGUGGAGGUCUAUAAGCCAACGGAUCCAAAUAUGUGGGAUAGGUCUCCGAGACGGAACUGCUGUAGGAUCAUGAAGUCAUCCAAGAAAGGAAGCAUGAAGGUUGACGUGGGUGUAUGUAGGGAACGCGAGAUCAGUCAGGUGAGGUGACGACUGAUCAAUUUUAUUAUUUUAUAGGCCAUAGUUAUCAGUGAUCCGUAACAUAUAAUGGUAGCUCCCAGCUCUUCCUCUGUCAUUCUGACUCUCAUUAUUCAUUCUCAUGCUUCCACUCGCGAACGCCAGAGGGGGCUGACGAAUUGUUGUCAUAAACGAAACAUAUUUAUUCAUGUAUAAAAAAAGGAGCAGCCCGUCUCGUGUCUCAUA